AAAGAGAGGUAGUUGAAUUGGAAUUAUGGAAAUGUUGGAGGAUGCCUUCGGUUGUCCUUACUUGAAUGACAUCUGAUAGUAUCAAAACAAAUCAUGCGAUAUAGGUUUUACUUUUUAGGCAAUUUGGGCACCAUUUUCGGACAUACUACUUCACAGGCAAAACAGACUUUAUAUUAUCCGCCUGCCAGCCACCCCUCUUUCACCAUUGUUGACUCUCUAAUUUCCUCCUAUUAGCCCACCUCUGUUUACUUCGUUGCAACAUAGUGAAGUUGGAUAAGGAAGAUAAAACAGUCGUCAAUUAAGCCAUACAUAUAUCUAUGGGCGGCGGCGGUGGUGAGGGGAAGCAAGGAGUGGUGGUUAUGGAGUGGCCUAACAUGGCAAAGGGUUUAAUUUUGGGUGACGGGGGAAACCCAAUUGCUCAAAUUCAGGCAAAGUACAAGGAAUUGGAAGAUGGGUUUAAAGGGUGGUUGGCUAAGCAAUCUUUGCCCGUUGAAGCUGCUGUUGUUACCCUCACCAGUGCUACUCAAGGUGCUGCCAUUGGCGCCUUAAUGGGUACUUUUACUAAUGAUUUUGCCUCUUCCAUGCCAACUCCCCCUCCUGGCUCCCCCAAUUUCAACCCUGAAGCUAUGGCUUCUCUCAAGCAAGCCCAGGCUCUUUCGGGAGGUCCAUUCGUUCAAGCUCGCAACUUUGCCGUGAUGACUGGUGUUAAUGCAGGCAUCUCGUGCGUCAUGAAAAGAGUGAGAGGCAAGGAAGAUGUUCAGUCUAGUAUGGUGGCUGCUUUUGGAUCUGGUGCAAUAUUUUCAUUGGUAAGUGGUAUGGGUGGGCCAAAUCCAGCAUCCAAUGCUAUUACAUCAGGAGUCUUAUUUGCGCUGUUCCAAGGUGGACUCUUCCAGCUAGGCCAAAAGUUUUCGACGCCACCAGCUGAAGAUGUGUACUAUGUCAAAACAAGGUCCAUGUUAUCCAACCUAGGUUUGCAGAACUAUGAGAAGAACUUCAAGAAGGGCUUGUUGACUGACAACACAUUGCCGUUGCUCACCGAUAGUGCCCUAAGAGACGUCAAAAUCCCACCGGGACCAAGGCUUCUCAUCCUCGAUCACAUUCAAAGUGAUCCCGAGUUCAAGGAGAAGAAAGGAAGCCGCAAGUGAAGGUUGCAAUUUUGUUUGGUUUUAAAUCUGUUGUCGAACGAGAGUACUAUUAUCUCAAGUUAUCGUAUUACCGGAUUCGAACUCUGAAUGGCAGUGUUUUUUACGUCUAUUUUUAUUUUUUAAUUUUUUUUUUCCCGUGCAAUUGGAUCAAAUUAGACCUUGAAAAGUUGUCAUUUUUUGAUCUGUAAUUGAAAUGAAACAAUGGCCCAAUUGAGUGAGACAUAUGUGGAAAUGGAAAUCCACGGAACACAAACUGAAACAAAUUGCUGCUUGCUGGGAGAUACAAUAUACAGAACUGUUGCCUCUCAAAUUUCGAUUCAAAGGUUUUCGAGAGAGCCAAUCCAACACCACAACAUUUACGACAACAUUUCCCAUAUCUAUUAUACAUGGUGGUUAUAAAACUACCGCCAAAACGCGACAAAGAACAAAGCCAAAAAGGCUCAGAACCUCUAUAUAUGGACGCAUAUCCACCAAAAUCCUUCCUAUACACCAGGAAAAAGAAAAUGAAAUCCCACAUUCGGCCAGAGCAGUAGCAGAGUCAACAGCCAACAACAGGCUGUAAUCUGUUAUUUGCCCCUCUCUCAAGAACCCUUCAUCAUAGUGCGUGGUGGUCGGUGGGGAGGGAAAUGGAAGCGGAUUGAAGCAGCUUAUGGGCCGCAGAUAACUGAUCCAUGAGAACGGAGAGGUGGGCCCGGUAGGAACGGGCCUGGUCGACGGCCUCGGCCUCCAGUUCGCCGAGCUGAGAACACAGGCGCUCCUCCGCUUCCUCCGCCACCCGCAGCCUCUCCCACAGGCACCGGAGUUGCUCCUUCAUCCGAUCUUCCCUCUCCACACUCAUCUUCAGCUCCCUCUCCAACUCCUCGUUCCUCUUCCUCAUCUCCUCUUCCUUCCCGGCGUCGGCGGUUUUCAACGACACUGUGGCUGCCAUUUUUCGCGUUCAAAGAAAAAAAAUAAAAUCUACAAAACUUUUUGCAGAUUUAUUAGAAUCUUCGGUUAAAAAAAAUGGGGCAAGGAAAUGGGAGGCUGUAUGGGGCUUUAUAUAAGAUGAAGAAGAGAGUUGAAAAAGCAAGGCUGGAAAGGCUGGAAGUUUGGGGGAUACAGAAAUGCGUCUAGAUUCAAUGUAUCUUUACUCUUUUUCAAUUUGGCUUCAAAAGUCAUCCAGGGUUCCGUUGGAAUAUUCGGGAAAAAAUUGGGGUCAAUUCCAAGGUUUUAAUAAUUCAACCACAAUAAGGCGUCAUCACAUACACAACCAGAGUUUGAAACCCUUUAUUCUUUCUUUGC